AUGGAAGCAGGACUGGGACUCAACUAUUCCUUGGUGGAUGAUGAAAACUGGACUUUGCCCAAUGUGUCUAGAGAAACCACCAUAACCCGGAGCAACAUCACAUACGUUGGAUUUUACCUGCAUCAGCCUUCAGUAGCUGCUAUCUUCAUCAUGUCUUACCUGCUUAUAUUUCUGGUCUGCAUGGUUGGCAAUGGAGUGGUGUGCUUCAUCGUUUUAAGGAGCAAAAACAUGCGGACCGUCACCAACUUGUUUAUUUUAAACCUGGCUGUUAGCGACCUACUUGUUGGAAUUUUUUGCAUGCCAACAACUCUUCUUGACAACAUCAUUACAGGUUGGCCAUUUGGAAGCAUGGUGUGCAAAAUGAGCGGUAUGGUCCAGGGCAUAUCUGUCUCUGCCUCUGUUUUCACCCUGGUUGCUAUUGCAGUUGACAGAUUCAGAUGCAUUGUUUACCCCUUCAAGCAAAAACUGACAAUAUCAACUGCCACACUCAUCAUUGUAAUUAUCUGGGUACUGGCCAUAUCAAUUAUGUGCCCUUCUGGAGUCAUGCUUCAAGUAACCAAAGAGCAAACCGUUCGUGUGUUUCUUGGGGAUGGCAAUAGGACAAGUCCUUUCUACUGGUGUCGAGAAAACUGGCCCAAUCAAGAUAUGAGAAAGAUCUACACCACUGUUCUUUUUGCCAACAUUUAUUUGGCUCCUCUUUCCCUCAUAGUAAUCAUGUAUGCGAGAAUUGGGAUAACACUGUUCAAAACUGCUAUGCCAGUGGGUGGUAAACCUGGCCCAGACAACCGUCACACUGUCUCUAAAAAGAAACAGAGAGUCAUCAAAAUGCUACUAAUUGUGGCCUUGCUCUUCAUUUUGUCCUGGUUGCCUUUGUGGACUCUGAUGAUGCUUACUGAUUAUGCCAGACUUACUGAGCACCAGUAUAGGCUGAUCAACAUCUACAUCUAUCCUUUCGCCCACUGGUUAGCAUUCUUCAACAGUAGUGUCAACCCCAUAAUUUACGGUUUCUUUAAUGAGAAUUUUCGCCGUGGUUUUCAAGCAGUUUUCAAGUUCAGAUUGUGCUCAGUGGGUGGCAAUCAGCGAAAGACCUACUCACAUAGGAUGCAGAGUAAUUCUGUGUUGCCUGCUAACCUUCAGCCCUCUACUGAGCCAAUCUCCUUGAACAGUGUAGACAACCCCAGCUUUCGUAGUAGGCUAAACCAUGUGAAUGAGCAAGACUUGGUCAUGGAGGACCUAGAAAAGGUAUCUGAAAGCAGUAUGGAUGGGGCUUCUCUCUAA